AUGGGAGAAGAGGAAAAUCCUCCAGCCCAUCAUUCACCUGAGAAGAAGAAUGAGAGAGCUCUAUCCCUUGUGCCACUUUCUCCUGCCUCACAAAGUGAGACAGAUGGUGCAGGGAGUGCCAAGGACAGAGAUGAUGCUCUGGCUAGAGUGGAAUUGGAGAAAAGAUUGGCUUUGAUCAAAGCAUGGGAAGAGAAUGAAAAAACUGUAGCUGACAACAAGGCACAAAAAAAGCUGACUGCAAUUGGAUCAUGGGAGAACAUUAACAAGGCGACUAUGGAUGCUCAACUAAGGCAGAUUGAGGAAAAUAUUGAGAAGAGGAAGGCUGAACAUAGAGCAAAAAUGAAGAACAAAGUAGCUGAAAUUCACAAGGUGGCAGAUGAGAAGAGGGCAGUAGUUGAAGCGCAACGAAAGGAAGAGAUCCUCAAGGCUGAGGACAUGGCUGCAAAAUUCAGAUCAAGCGGUUACACUCCCAAGAGGUUUUUGGGGUGGUUUGGCUGCUAAUUCUUUUGUGGGGAGCUUAGGGCAGGGAGAAUAGCUCAUCAUGUAUAUUAUACCAAUCAAUAAUAUAAGCAUAUAUAUAUAUAUUUCAAUAAU